UCUCUCUCUCUCUCUGUCUGUCUGUAAGAGUGUUUAUACACACCUAUCAGUCAGCUUGAUUUAACCCUUCUCUCUCUCACAUGUGAGAUACUAGAGUUCUGUCUGCUUUGUUCUGACAAGGAAAACUGGAAUGCACACAAAUCACAUGAAGGACACAAACAACAACUUUAACAACUCUCUCCUCGGUGCACAAAAGGAGAAGCUUAUUCAGGCAAUUAAAAAGAUCAAACAUGAAAUUGAUGAAUGUUAUGAAGCGGAGAACGAGGCCUUUGUGGACGCACUGGAGGUCGAGAACAGAUUUGAAGUGAUAGAGCGUGAAAUCCGAGCAGAGUUCCAAAACCUCCAUCGUUUCCUGGAUGAGGAGGAAGAGACGGAUCUGGAACGGCUGAGGAAGGAAAGGGACAGACGAGUGAAGGUCUUAAAAGAGAGAGAGAAAAAGAUUGGCAUGCAGAGUAGAGAUCUAGAGAAAGCCAUAGAGACACUGAACUGCAAACUGCGGGAAGAUGACAGCCCCAAACUUUUGAAGGAAAUCAAAGAGCUUCUGAAAAGAUGUGAGGUGAAUUUUAUUCGUCCUCCGCCAAUGGACAGCGAAAUUCUCUCUAGUCAGUUUGUGGGGCCCAUUCAGUACCGGAUCUGGAAACACAUGAAAACAUCCCUCUACCCAAACAUAUCCACGUUGACUUUUGACCCUGAAACGGCGCAUCCCCUCUUAACCCUCUCUGCUGAGUUAACUUCAGUGACUUUCGAGGAAGACAAGGUGCUGCCCAACGAGAAUCCAGAUGAAAAGAACCCGAAGCACUUCCACUUCUAUUAUUGCGUGAUGGGUUCAGAGGCCUUCACUUAUGGGCGUCAUUACUGGGAGGUGGAGGUGAAAGGCAAAACCGCCUGGCGAGUGGGUGUGGCCAGAGCGGACAUACCCCGUGGAGAGAUGGAUUCUUCCUCAACGAUAAACGGACUGUGGACACUGUCCCUCAGAAAUGGCUCCAUCACGGCCUGCACCCACCCAAAGCCCACAAAGGUGCUCUCACACACCCUCCCCAUCCGCAUCGGCAUCUUCCUGGACUGUGAUAAAGAGGAGGUUUCUUUCUACAAUGCUGUCACCAUGACACCACUCUUCUCAUUCUACAUAGGGACUGUUCUAGUGCCGCUCUAUCCAUUCUACAACCCAUGUGACACAGAUGAAGGAAAGAACUGCGCUCCUCUUUCCAUAUUUCAUCCAUCACUCUGAGGGAUUGACAUGGAUGUUUGGUUACCACUUCCACUGCUGACACAGUUUGAAACGCUGAAUUCUGAUCACCUCGAAGCUUGUAUGCCUGUAAAGCUAGAGCGGUUUUGUUGUGUAGUUGUGUUUGGCUGAUCUGUUUAAGUAACACUAAACAGUGGCUGUAUCCCAAAUCGCCCCCUAUACCAUCAUUCACUAUUCAUUACUCCACUAAUAUACGUCACUGAAUAAAUGUAAGAAAUUAAAGGGAUAGUUCACACAAAAAUAAAAAUUUUGCCAUCAUUUACUCACUCUCGUGUCGUUCCAAACCUGUAUGAAUUUCUUUCUUAUGUUGAACGUAAAAGAAGAUAUUUUGAGGAAUGCUGAUAAUCAAACAGUUGACUUCCAAAGUAUUUCUUUCCCUACUAUGGAAGUCAAUGGGGACCAACAACAGUUUGGUUCUUUAAAAUUCUUCACAAUAUCUUCUUUUGUGUUCAGAAGGAAAGGAAGUUAUACAGGUUUGGAACGACAUGAGGGUGAGUAAAUGAUGACAAAAUUUCCAUUUUUGGGUUUAUUAUUCCUUUAAGUGGGCAAAUUCGAACUCUGAAUGAGCUCGAAGUGCCAUUUUCUCUAAGGAUAUUCUCUAGCAGCUAGCUGUUGAGUAUACAUUGGUUGUCCAUUUGUUAUUUAGGUGCAUUAUGGGAUUAAAUGAGUACACAUUACACUUUUAGACAUGAAUUCAAAUAAUGCAGCAUAUAAGGGUAUGGGGCGAUUUGAGACACAGCCAGUGAGAUUUGCUCUAGUCAGUUUAUGUCAUCCAUUCAGACUUAAAAAGCAACGUUGAGAUUAGAUUUUUGCAGUGCAGUUCUUUAUAGAACAAAUUUCUCUUACACAUAAGGAAUAUUUCACUCAGAAAUGAAAAUUCUGUCAUUAUUUAUUUGUUUCAAAACUGUAUGCCAUUACUGUUUGAUGUCAUGAUGUUGAUUUUGAGACUCUCGAAAACUAGUGAGCUUUGAUUUUAUUCAUGUCUGGCAUGCACCAUAUCUGAUUUGAGAGCUGCGGAGGAGGGGAAGAUGAUUAUCAGCGAAAAUAGUGCAUGACUCACAUGGACAACAUUUAUAGUGCUUUUUUGUCCUUUUUGAAGCUUGACAGGCUGUGGUCACAGUGAACUAUCGAUGUGUAAAAAUAAAAUAAAUAGCAAAAAGCAAUAAAAAUGUAUUUAAAAAAUACGUAUGAGUUUGGAAUGUUGGAUCUUGUCUAAUCUCAAAAGCUAAGCAGGGUUUGGCUCGGUUAGUACUUAGAUGGGAUACUGCCUGGGAAUACCAGGUGCUUUAUCCUCGGGUGGCAUGUUGGCUCAGUGUUAACCUUCACAGCAAGAAGCUCCCUGGUUUGAGUCCCAGCUAAGUCAGGAGGCCUUUUUUGUGUGGAGAUUGAAUGUUCUGCCUGUGUGGCUUAUUUCCGAGUGCUCUGUGAUGGACUGACCAUCUGUCCAGGGUGUUUCCCUGCCUUUAGCCCAAAAUGCUGGGUGGGCUCCAGCAUCUCCGUGACCCUACACAGGACAAACAGUUUGGAGAACGGACGGAUGGAGCUUGGAAUGACAUUAAGGUGAAUAAAUAAUAAUAGAAUUUUCAUUUGGGAGCAAACUAUUUCUUUUUAUUUUGAUAUAUUUGUAUGCAAAUAAAUAAAAUACACGUCAUUUAUCAUGCAAACUGUUUGAAAGUCACCUUUGUGCAUGUAUUGUAUCGUAAUAAGUGUACUUGCACAAUAAAAAUAGAAAGCCGUGAAAAAAAAUGGUGAACUGUUUACCAUUACUUGUCUAUAAAUAAGCUAGACAGGUCUGUUGCAUUAUGCCAGCUAUGUGCUGUUGGAGUGACAAAACAAAAGAGGGAGGGUCUCUCUACACCCUGCCAGCAACCGGCCAGGGAGAAGUCAAGAAAAAGCUAGAGAGACAGAUGAGUGACUU